AUGGACCCUCCACCCUUUGACGCUUUUCUGGCGUCUAUGCAGAUGGUCGGCAGCACCGUGCGGACGUUGCUCCUCUAUCUGUACUCCGUCCAGCACUCCAUAGCCGACAAGCUCGGCUUCGUUCAUCCCUCUGAGCCCACCGAGCUCGACCAGGUCGCCGCCUUCGCCAUCCCCUUCAUCCGCUACGUCCAGACACUAUACGAUGCCGUUCCCAAGGAUACGAUCCCUGACCUUAACGCCGUGCCUGAGCUUCUCUACAUCCUCUGGCCUGUGGUCGUGGCGAUCCUCAUCACCGCUUCGAUGACUCUCUUCGGCCCUCAUCGCUUCACCUUGCAUUCCUCUACAAUCUAUGUCCUGCUCAUCGCCGCUAUUCCCAUCGUCUGCAACCUCGAAGUUGAUGGGAACUACCAACACAUCUUCAGCGACCAUUUCGUCCCAUCGUGGGCGCUCGUAUCUCGCCUCUGGCAAGGCUGGGACUGCGUUAUUCCGCCCGACGACGUCGCCCACUUUGCUGUGCGAUUCCUGCUUCUUGCCGUGGGGGCCCAGAUUGGCAUGGUGCUGCACACCAUCGCCGUCUGGUUAUACUUUACCGUCCGGAUCGCAUUCGCUGUGGUCCGCUCCGUCUUCUGCCUCCCCUUCAAGCUCUUCCCCGCAUUACGUGGCGCCAUCAAGCCUCACCUGCGGCAGCCCGAGUGCCCUUCUCCUAUUGCGCCUGCUGAAGAGCUUGCCGCGCCUGUUGACGGGCUCGUUGCGCCUGUUGACGAACUCGCCACGCUCGAAGAGCGCACUGCACCCGCGGAAGAACCACCCGCACCCGUCAACCAGCAAGCUGUGUGCCCCGACGAGUUAGACUGCGGCGAAGAUGAGCGCGUACCUGCCGAUCAGCUCUCCUCAGCUUCUCCUGACAUCGCCGCCAACUCUGCCAAAGAAGAGGAACCUGUCAGCGUCGAGAUGGAUGCCAACCCCUCUCCUCCUUCCCCUCCGUUGCCUCCUGCUUCCGAUGACUCAGUCUCUGAGCGCUCCGAGCAUUCGUCGACGACGCUGAACCGUCCGCUCACCGUGAGCGAAGACAGGCCCGAGAAUGCCGAAGCCCUCGACUCUGAGCCCAACAAGUCUGAAGUCUCGCAGCCCGAUGCUGUUGAGGAAAAGCCCGCUCAGACCUUCGACGUCGCAUACACGGUUCCGUCUGCCGUGUACGCCGUACCUUUCAUCGACUACGCGGCCUUUGACCCGGCGAACUCCUCUGAGCAAGUCUGCCUCGAGGACGACCACAACCUUCUCUCCCAGAACGACCAGACCGACGAUGAGCAAAAGAUAGCUGACGUACCGCCCUCCACCUCCCCUCUUGAGGCCUCGACGCCCGUGACGUCUGAGCUUGGCACUGAUGCCCCGACAACACUGACACCCGCCCGCGUCUAUGUUGAAAAAACACCGGUUCCUACGUCUCAGCCAUCCGACGCGGACGCCGCGCCUCCCACUUCUCCUUUAUUUGAGGAAGAAGAGGAGGAGGAGGAGGACGAGAUGCCUGAGCUCCAAUGUCUAACUCACACUCACCCAUACCAUGUCCCGCUUUCCGAUCCUCGUAUCCGGGCUGAUAUCGACACGAUGAUGAACGCGUUGGACCCCACAGUAUCGGACGACGUUCGAGAGUUCUUGUCAAGCGUCUCUUCUGACUAUUUCCGCUUUGGCUUCUUGGCCGCGCUGAUGACGCGCAUGGACGCCCACCCCGAGCAGAUCAAAAGGAACUUCGAGCUCUUAGAUGACGACGGCGACAGUGAUGAUGAGGAUGAACCGUUGGCGUCCUGGCAGCAAGGGUACCACCUGGGUGACCAUCAUGCAUACACCUUCAUUUUUGCACAGCACGAGCGUCCGAGGGACCCAUCGCCCCUGGAAGUCGAGCAAACGAUCCGCGCGCUCACGCACAAAAUCAUCUGGCAGAUAUACACGCAGUCCGACAUUUACACUGGGUGGGAUGAUUUCGAAGAUCCAUGCCAGUGGGGCGCGCAUAGGUACAGGGGUGUCGAGCCCUGGUGCAUGGAUGUAGAUGAUUGCAGGGCUUUCGUGCGCAAUGGGUGCGACAUGGGUGCUCGCGACCUCAAAGUUUUCGAGCGCGCCGUCCUGUUCUCGGUUCUUCACCAUGAUGUUCCCUUCGUCAGGCUUCCGCGCUCUCAGGGCGCGCCGUUUGUGGAUCCUCAUGUGUGGGAGGUCGUGCACAUGUAUGUGCGCUUGAUGGCCGACUCGGAGGUGUACUCCCGGAUGCUCGAAAAGGUAGUCAAUUUCCUGAAUGGAGUCACCCGAAAGUGGAUAAUUUUGUGCGGAAUCGGCUGCCGCUGCUAUGCGCGCUCAUGUUCACCCUCGUAUAAUCGCCAGUCUCUUGACGGUGACGGCCUCUCGCUGUCGUCUUCGUUGCACUCGGCCUUCUCGCGUGCGCAGCCCUUCGACAUUGCGGUCAUCGCAUGCCUCGGAUGCCAUGCCAUCGUUGAACACCCACUCAUCGUCGUCGUGUUCACCUUUUACUCCGCCAUCGUAGCCUUCUUUGUCGACGCCUGCGCCUUCUCUCCGCCGCGUGCUUCGUCAUAUCCAGUCAUAUCCACGUCGAGCCUCUCCGAGACUGCCACCCCCGAAGCGUCCGCUUCGAGCGCACCUGCGUCGUGCACGCUGCCGGCUGCGGUUGAGCCGCCCACGUCAAGGGGUGAUGAGUCGUCUCCGGAGGAACUGUGCACGUCGCUUGUCAACGCUCCUCCACCAGCCGGAUCCGGACUGUCGACGUAACGCCCACUUCGCCUGCUUCCUCUGCUACCUUCGACGUACCCUCCGCUCUACACGUUCCUGCUGUAGUGCGCCGGAAAGGGGCAUGCAGCAUCAGCAGUCAAUGUCCUGCUGAUGUUGGCGGUGGGGGACUGACAUGUGACGCUUUGUUGGCAUUACCGGGACACUGGCAGCCUUAUGACGCUGGUUGG